AUGGACUCUCAAGUUUCAUAUCUACUUAUUCCUCAAAAAAGUUCAUCACCCAUCAACGGUGAUACUCGUCGAUCAGCAAACUUCCCACCAAAUAUAUGGGGAGAUUAUUUUCUUUCUGGCACUUUUCGUUCCACGGAAAUAGAAGAUAAUAUUGAGGAAAAAGUUGAAGCACUAGAGGAGGAAGUGAGAAAAUUGUUGUUUAGUUAUGUUGAGAAAUCUUCCCAACAACUAAGCUUGAUUGAUUCAAUCCAACGGUUGGGAAUCGCUUAUCAUUUUGACACCGAAAUCAAUGAAGCGCUCGAUCAUGUUUAUAAAAAUUAUAGUUUCGUUAGCAAUGAAAGCCAAAAAGAUCUUCACAUUGUUGCCCUAAAGUUUCACUUGCUUAGACAACAAAGAUACUCUAUUUCAUGUGAGAUCUUCGACAAGUUUACCAAUGAUGAAGGAAAUUUCAAGGAAUCACUUGCAAAUGAGGUACGAGGAAUGUUAAGCUUAUACGAAGCGUCUCAUAUGAGGAUGCAUGGAGAAGACGUGCUCGAACGAGCCCUCACUUUCAGCACCAUAAACUUAGAAGCAGCCAUUAAUAAUGGAAGCCAUGAAGGGAGCUGUGGGUUUGGAGCUCAAGUGAGGCAUGCAUUAAAAUGGCCAGUCUUCAAAGCCAUGCCUAGGCUUGCAGCAAGAAGUUACAUAUCUUUCUACGAGGAAGAUCCAUUGCAUCACCCUGCCUUGCUUUCCAUGGCCAAACUUGAUUUUAACAUCUUGCAAAAGCUUUACCAGAAAGAACUUCAUGAAAUCUCAAGAAUGUGUUGCCUCAAGUGGUGGAAAGAGUUGAAGUUGGUGGAAAAGCUGUGUUUUGCAAGAGACAGAUGCGUGGAAUGCUAUACUUGGGCAUUGGGAACAUACUUUGAGCCUAAAUACUCUCUUGGUCGAAUAAUUUUAUCCAAAAUUGUGGUCAUUACUUCAGUCUUGGAUGAUAUAUUCGAUCUACGUGGUACAUUUGAAGAACUUCAACUCUUCAUUCAUGCAAUCGAGAGGUGGGAUGAUAAUUGCAUUGACCAACUUCCAAAAUACAUGAAAGUGUACUGUGAAGUUCUAAUGGACACAUACAGAAGAAUUGAGCAAAAUAUUAGAAAAGAUGGCAUUCCUUAUGCCACUCAUUAUGCAAAAGAAGCUAUAUAUUCUCUCUUACCUUAUCUUUAUUCUUAG